AUGUACUUUGUCGGUGAAAAGCUAUGUCAAUGCUGUGACAUAAGGGGGAAGAUUGACCGCACGUGUCAGAGGGGCGAACCCUUGGAGUGCGGGUCAGUUGUGCGGCUGCAACACAUGGUCACGAGUAAGAACCUCCACAGCCAUCACUUCUCGUCGCCGCUGUCCGGCAAUCAAGAGGUGAGCGCUUUUGGCGACAAGAAUGGCGAGGGAGACACCGGCGACAACUGGACGCUCGUCUGCGGCGGCGACUACUGGGAGAGGGACACAGACUUUCGGCUCAAACACGUGGACACCGAGAUGUGGCUAUCGAUGUCGGGACACACUUACGGGCGUCCGAUUCACGGCCAGAUGGAGAUCGUGGGCUCUUCACAUCCGGACUCCGCCAGCUAUUGGCGCACCAAAGAAGGCGUUUACGUGAAGCCGUCGGACGAAACGAAACUAAACUCGAAGAGCGAUGUCGAUCACGACGAGCUCUAAACCGCAUAAACAUUUAGUUAUUUAAAUUAAUUUCCAUUUUUAGUAUUUAAUUUAUAAAUUUUUUUAUAUACAUCUUCUCGCAAGUGAUUUGAGUUAUUAUUACAAUAAAAAGUAUAUAUGAACUGUUUUGAGA